AUGAAAGCUGCCCCGAAAUGGGCUGCUUAUGGUCACGCCUCAGUCCUAUCGCGCGCUCCGACACCUAAAAUUCUCUCAAAGCAACGCAAGACGCAGGUGCGACUGAUUUCUCUACUUCGGUUUACAAUGUCAGACAACGGCAGCGUAGCAUCCUGCGGUUGUUCAUACCAGUGGAUCGCUUAAUCGCAGUGUCAUUGGUCAAUUGGGUGCGUCAGGGCGUGGUUGGCUAGAUGUUGGCGGUGCCAGCAUGUCCUGUCCUAGGAACGUUAGUGGUCACGUGACAAGCGAGGUGGAAACGCGAAACGAGACUGAAGCAGUAGCCGAAAUCCCAAGGUAUUAUGCAACUCUAAGUGUGAAAAUGCAAGAAGACCACAAACCCCAGUGAAAAUUCAUUUCAUUCGAGAAAACGUAUUGGUGAUUGUAAAAAUAUAAAUAAUUGAUGGGAUGACGUGCACUUCUUUUUGCGAAUUAUAUUCGAACGUUGUCGCUGGGAUGCUUAGAUGUCGAAAGGAGUCGUAUCACGUGCCCAUCAGUUUCCAAACCAGACAUAAACGCUCUGUUCAAGAUGGCGACCCAUUUGACAAUUUUUGUCGCUGUUUCACCAGUUUCUGCGCAGGUGAAGCAUUUAAAUAAUGAUCCUGAGCUUAUCUUAGGACGUCACCGACGUUACCUCGAAGGCCAUUAAUACAAUAGGUGGGUUAACCCAUGAAAUGUCCACCGAAAUUUUGAAAUGCAUUCUAGCUUCGAAAAGAUUAAUUAAGUAGGGUCGUAAAACUAAUCCUCAUGCAGCAUAAUUCUAUAAUGAUACAGUUACCUCAGGGUGCCUUCUUAGAACGAACUUAUUUCUGACUACAUGCGAGAAUUAUGCUCUGCAAAAAAUGAUUACUUAAGUAGCAUGCAGUUUUCUCAUUGAUUUUCGAUGCCCUUGAAACGUCAAUUAUAUUUCAUGGAAAACACAAACAAAAAUAAUCAUUCUUUUACUUAUUCGGUAGACAAUCACGUCUUCUUCCAAUUUUGUACUCGAAAGAAGAGUAUAACUCGGUGUUAAAAAACUUUUCUAAUUUCCGAAUAAUUUUGAACCCGCUCUGCAGUCACCCUUGCCGUAUAAUUUUCGCGUACGGAAAAUCAUAUGUUUCUCUACGGUAAUAAAGGGGAUCAUAUGGGGUUUAUAAAAUUUAGCAGUUAAUUUGAGCCAUAUUGUUAACUUUACGAGCUACAUCGGCAAGUGCAGAUGCAUGACGUUUUAUGAACGGCAAUUUCACGGUAUUAAAAAAUCUCACAAUUAGAGACUCCUUGAACCCGAAUUAUAGUUAUCUUUCGAGUAUAAAAUUGAAAGAAGACGUAAUUUUCUACUGAAUAAAUAAAAGAAUGAAUAUUUUUUGCAUUUUUAUCAUAUAAUAUAAUUGGAUUUUUAAGGGCAUCGAAAAUCAGUGAGAAAAAUGCAUACUACGUAAGCAGUCAAUUUUCCAGAGUAUAAUUCUUGCAUGCAGUCAGAAAUAAGUUCGCUCGAAAGAAGGCACCCUGAGGUAACAGUAUCAUAAUAGAAUUAUGCCGAACGGCGCUUAAUUUUACAACCAUACUUAAUUAAUCUUUCCAAAACGAAAAGGAAUUUCGAAAUUUCGACCGACAUUUCACGAGUUAACCCACUUACUGGAAAUUACUCAGGCGCUUAGUCAGUAAUACCCCGAUCAUCGGUUUGUAAAGUGGAUCACUGAACGUUUCAGACGUUCAUGGAACAUGAACUGCCGGAAUCACAUCCCCUUAUUACAAUCAAGAAUGUGUAAUGUUGCGAUGGAGCGAUCCUCAUCCACCUCAUCUGAUGGGAUGGAGAGUGAUUUAGCUGUCUUGGACCUUGGAGGAAUUCGGGUACACCAGCAUAUGUGAUACUUGGGUGACCUUUUAAAGGCGAAAAUGGCGCCAAAAUAUCCAUUUCGACCUCGUCAGUCAUCGAGUGUAGCACCCUUCGAAGUGUAACGGCCUUUUAGGACGCAAGACUCGAGGUUAAAGUCAAAGAGAUAUUUCUGCGUAUCCCAUCAACCAAUCAGAUGAAGCGAGGUAGCGCAACCGUUGGGCUCAAGUUUACGUAUUUUCCACCCGAGCGCUUCUGCAGUAGAAAUGAAUUAAUCGAAUUAAGUGAAUGAGGCUCAGUAAAAUGCCAAGUCAAUCCAAAUGUACCAGACAAGCAUUUAACGAUACAAAACAACACAUGUAAGUUUAGGCAUAAAAGUCAAGUUCUUGGGGAGUAAUGCCCUCGUCUAAAGCAGUAUUAUUACAAUGUGAGAAAAAGUCUACUCAAGCUUUGAGCUUUCGAACGGGCGCAGGAGUCUAUUUUUAAAGAUAAAAGCAGGAAAUGGGGUGAUUAGCCGAUCAACGACCAGUAGCGCUGGUCUGGAGGUAACUUUGCAGGAAUACGUAUGACGGCGCCCGAUCAAUAAAGCAAUUGAUAGGAUAUAUUCUUUCAGUGCUCGAUCAGUUUCCUUUUUUCUUUCAGAGGUAUAUGAAUGGAACUCGAAAAUUUACCCCCUUCGGUCAAUGUUAACUAGCAUUUUGCUCAAAAGACCCUUCUCUUGAAGUAUGAAGAAGUCGUCAUCAUUCUACUAAUAUGACGAGACCAGCCCGUGUCUUAUGCAGUGGGUUCAGAAAUCGCUACAGCGUUGUACAUCGUAACGUCUAUGGAAACUAGCAAUGGUGUUUAAACAUAUCCUCUGAUUCUCACCUAUCUAAUAUGUUAGUUGAGUUUAUGUAAAAUUCGUAAACCAGGCAGUUCGCAAAAUUUUCAAAAAAAUUGAAAACGACAGUUCUUGAAAGCGUCUACUAAAUAACUAAGUAACGUGAGCUUGGUAGUCAUCUGGUGGAUUCUAGAUGCAUAACUUAGAAAAUCCUGCUUGGGCAGUCAACUUUCUCUAUCAGAUUAGGUGGAUUCCAGACGUUGCAGUAGGUUGGGCGGGUAAACUUGACCCAAAUGUGAUUAAACUCGCGUCGUCCGGUGGGGCCUCAUAGCUCAGAUGUUCAGAGCGUUGGCUGUAGUAAAGACUUCCCUUGCUGUCCUGGGUUCGAGUCCCACCGAGGCACCGUGUUUUUCACAGUUGGUGAAAGUGCAUUAUUCGAAAUCUGCCAAAACAUCUCUAGUACAUAUGUCCAUUAUCCAGCUGUGAAGGCCUGCAAAGUACCCCAACUGUUCAUCCUUGAAAUGGUUGGGAGUUGGACUAGCCAACAGGUCGCAGGAUCGAGCCUCAGUGAGCUGAAAAUGUUGGGGUUUAGUGCGGUUGAUUGUUGAUCGCUGGUAAACCAAAAAUGGCCAUUCCAGUCUCCUUUGUCUUUGUCAUAAUUUCAUUCGGUCUAUGCCUGCAACGCGAUCGGUGUGAGCCUCUCAUGCGAGUGAGGUGCGUUCUUUUACCGGAAGGGACCUGUUCAUAUCCUCAAAACAGCACUAGAUUUCUGAUCGCAUUCUUCGAGGAAAAGUACAUUAUUUCACUGUUAAGAAAGCGAAGAUUUAUCAGUUCACUCAAGCCGCAUUGAAAACAGCGAAGUGUUGUCCAUUUGUUUGCGUUUUAGGGUAUCCAGUCAGUAUCCUCGGUGAGUAAAACUGGUUGGACUUAUCCCUUUACUUGCUAACCUGCCAUAAGAGGUAUUAUAGUUGCCAAAAUUAGUAUCCUAUUUACUUGGUCUCAACUUACAUUAAAACACCGAAGAUCUCAGCAGUGAAGACCCCCCCAUAUGUACAUUGGGGGCCCCUACAGGUACCCCUAGGUUUAUGUUUAGAAAUGCAAGAUUAAUUUAGGCUAAUCUGACGGUAGUACAUCGGAUUUGGCUUUGAAAUAUUCUCAUCUUGGGCUUACAGGCAAAAGAGUUGGCAAAAUGCGAGAUACUACUUACUAACUACCCCACGAGCAUUGACAGCUCUCAUUCCAAAGGAAAGCUUGCCUAAGUAUGAAGCCCACCGUGUUCAGCCGCGGAUUUUUGGAAACGCCACAACUUGGCUAUGAUCCUCGUAGACUGAAGAGGCGAAACUCGCAAAGGAGAUGGGCCGAUUCAGUAGGAUAGCUUGCUCGCCAGGUUUCACUAAACUUUAAAAGUAAGAAGAGUUUAUCUCGGCCAGCCAACUGAUCUGCUGCACCACUAGGACCGUUCGCUGUGCGGGUCAGGGGCACUGGUUUGACCAAUCAGCGCGCGUCGCGACGCGCAGUGAGUGCGCUUGUACUGGCGCAGUCAGAAAACGAAGCCUGUGUGACACGUCACGCGAGGACGACCCGUCCAGAGCAAACUUGUUCAUAGGCCGUAGUAUUAUUUAAAACUCCCUAUGCAGGGAACGGUUCGACCAGAAUGUAGCUGAACAUCUACGCGGUAGCCAGAUGAACAAACAAGGCUGUUUUAGCACCGUUUUAACGUCAUAACUUUAAAUGCAUGCUGUAGGUUCAACCCAGAUACCCCAAAACUGUUUGUUUUAGUUAAUUUCGGACAACCAUCGUGCACGGGAUUUUCAUGUAAUCCCAGCGCAUACUGCGAUCUCAUCAGUGGAGUACCAACAUGCAUCUGCAGAUCACCGCUCUUCCAGGAAGUCGCCAACGAUGCCAAUGGACCUCUGUGUGGUUGUAAGUGAGGCGGUUUUAUGACCAGUGUAUGCAUGCAAUUAGAACCGGCAAAAACCCUCUGGUAAUACUGCUUAUACCCGAUUGAUAAAACGUAGGCCUCAUUGCUCAAGUCGCGAUAAUUACUCAGUGACCGCUUAAACCACAAUAAACCCUGGAGUGGACCAGUACCUGUGUUUGGGUAUUCUAGCUGAUAACGGUCCAUUGGUUUUUAAUGAUCAUCUGAGUUUCCCUGGACGUUCUAACCUAGCUUUCGUAUGGUUUCAAGGCCUUCUGAGAGACGUUGUUUCUUACGGACAAGCAUAGUGGGACGAGAUCACUGGAAACAUACUGAAUUCUGUCAGCUACAAUGAAUGCCAAACACGCAUUGCAUUCUGGUGCGCAAGAUUUGUCAUUCCAGUGAUUAGGGGUCAACUUGAAUAAGUUGUCGUGAAUAAAACGGAAACUUUUUAAAAAAGCUUCAUUUGAGUAGCCUACAAAAGCAGUUAACUUUUGAGCGUGACUGUCACAAGAUACUGCAUUUGACAUGAACAGCGUUCGACGUAUGUUUUUUUGAGAAUUUUACACCUUACAUCCAAAUCGAUUCACCGACUGAUGCAUGGUUCAGCUGGGUAUACCGUUUCCAGAAAUGAAAGAUGCCACGAUGCGCACUUUGUUCCAGGCAGAUACGACCAUUGCCUUCUGGAAUAUAUGACCUCUUCGCCUCACCAUUUGUUGGUGUUCAUGUAUAUGGGCCGAAAUUGGCUGCUUUCGUCCUCAACGUCAAUAGAAGAUCCAUAUUUAACAUUCUAAUCUAUGUUUCCUCUGAAGCAUGUCGGUUUGUUGAUCGCCGUUCACGUUGCUUCUUCUUUCUAAGGCAGUUUUCGCCCGUCUCUUUGGUCUCUCACCGUCGGUUAGUGUUCAUACCUACGGGCAACGACGGAGUUCCGAGCUUUGCUGCAGUUAACAGAAUCAAACUUAAGCAACUAUUUUUAUUCUGUUCGAUAAUUUUCUUUAUCUUGACGGUGAGUCUUGGCUCGGCGUAUUAGGCCGACUUUAUAGAGAAAGGUCUACCAUUUGAAACAGAACCUCGCAGGAACAUUCAUGGUGUAGGUCUGAAGCGUCUCCUCUCUACAGCAUUUUGUCAGACCCAGCAGAAUCGCAGUAGGCAGAGAAAAUCCGCCAAAUGAUACAAUCAUCAGUGGAAGGUGAGCGCUGACCUAUCGCGUCACAUGACACACUCGUCGUGUUGUGCCCCUGGGCCAAAUCUUAAGGCUCUCCAGCAGCCGCUCAGCUAAUUCCGUUAGUAUUAUAGGCAGAUUAACACUACUGACAUAGACCUGGGAGAAUGGAAUGGCCAUUUACGGUUGAUUAGUCGUCAAAAGCCCACCAUACCCAACCCCGUCUUUUGCAAACCUUGAAUUUGAGCUCAAACGCACAACGAAACAAGUGAGUCCCAUAACGCGAUCGUUAAUAAACCUUAUCAUAACCAAUAGAACAUCGAGUUCGUGAAUCAAUGGAAGAGGCAUUGGAAGUCUGACCACCCAGUCGAGGGUUCGAGCCUCAGGGGUUGCGAAAACCCGAGGUUGGCGAUUACUGGCUGAUGACGGCUGAUAAGCGGGAAAUGACCACUACAGUCUCCCUUGUCCUUUUCAGUAGUGUGCUUCUGAUGCCAUCAUCUCGUCAGCUGCAACGUUGACCUAGUGUUUCAUUGAAAUUCCCCGCCCCAAUCUACAGUGAGUGACCGAUCUCAUGACAUGUCGGCUAAAAUUCUGAAAUGCGUUUUCGAUAAGGAAGGAUUACUUGGGCGCGAUUGUAAUAAUGAUUACCUUGCGGCAUACUCCUAUGGUAUUUCGGACUCAGCGGGAUGUCAGCCUUUGUAAAGACUGCUUUUCAAUCUCUUGUAGAAACCGUACUCGGUUAAAAAUGACUACUUAUGUAGCGUGCAUUUUUUCACUGAUAUUUGGUGGUCUUGCAAAUUCAAAUAUAUUUUAAAGAAAUCGCGAGUAAAAAUAUGUUUCCCUCCAGUCAUUUGAUAGAGAAUACCGUCUGCUUUAUAUUUUAUAUUCAAGGAAGGUGCAUAAUUAGGUCCUAAAAAGAUUUCCAAUCGCCGAAUAAUUUGGAGUUUGAUCAUUCAUUGCAUUAGCGCUUAGUGGUUUCAGUCUACAAGGUGCAUGCGUUCCGCGCAAAGAAAAUCACAUGUUUUUCUAUGGCAUUAAAGAGAUAUCAUACAGAGUCCAUAUAAUUUCGCAAUGGAUGCGGACUAUGUUGUACAUUUCAUGAGCAACAGUGACAAACGGACAGGUACGAUGCUGUGUGAACGGACGUCGCGCGGUCUUAAAAAAUCUUGUUUAAAAACCUAAUUAUUCUCCCUGCUUAAGUAUAAAAUAUAAGGAAGACGAGAUUCUCUAUCAAAUGACUGGAAAAAAGUAUAUUUUUACUCGUGGUUUCUUUAAGAUAUAUUCGAAUUUGCAAGACUAUGGAAAAUCGAAGAGAGAAAAGCAUUCUUUGUAAGUAGUCAUUUUUUACCGAGGACGGUUUCUACAGGAGAAUUAAAGGCAGUCUAUUCAAAUGCUGACGUCCUGCCAAGUCCAAAAUAUUAUACAAUUAUGCCGCAAGAUAAUCAGCAUUACAACCGCGCCCAAGUAAUCCUUCCUAAUCGAAGACGCAUUUCAGAAUAUCAGCCAACUGGUCAUGAGAUCGGUCACGCACUGUACUUUCUUGGAGAGUUAGCCCAAAAGAGCAGAAUUCGCAUGCCUGUGAUGCGUUUAUCUUCCUGUUUUCAGUCUCACCUGGUGGUCUCGCGCUGAUUAUCUGUAUUCCAGUCAUCGCCCUCAUGUUACUGAUCGCGGCUGGAAUAUGCUGCAGUUUCUGUGAAAGACGCCGAACCGCCAAAUUCCGGCUGUUGGAAAAUGUUGCCGAGGAGGACAAGGAGCAAGGCAGACUGAGCGCAGAAGUUCAAUCCACUCACUUCUAG